GCAAAGACAUUACUCAUCAUGUCAAUAGUCAUGGCUUUAGUCAUGGCUCGUAUCAAUGCUAUUGCUGACGACGACGAACAAGAAGAAGAAAAUUUUGUAGAGGAGGAAGAAGUACCUGCAUUGGAUUCUGACUCAGUUUCAACUGACCUCCCUUCUGCUGAAAGCGAACCAUCUUCUUUUCAAGGAUUGGGCAGGUUCCUCCUCGCCAAGAACAAGCCAAAGAACCUCAAAUGCAACAAGAACCCGAGAAUUUGCCGGGCUAAGGGCAGCCCGGGGCCCUUCUGUUGCAAGAAGAAAUGCGUUGAUGUGAGGACAGACCGCCUCAACUGCGGUCUCUGUGGGAAGAAGUGCAAGUACAACGAGACAUGUUGUAAGGGGAAAUGCGUCAACGUGGCGUUCGACAAGAAGCACUGCGGACGUUGCAACAACAGCUGCGGAAGUGGGGAUUUUUGUACAUAUGGUCUGUGCAGUUAUGCUUAGA